UUAAUAAAAAAAAAACAGAAUAUUGAUGUUUGAGAACGUUCAAAUUUACUUUUAUUUUACAUUCGUUCGCUUUACGUCAGCAAAAAUGCCGUACAAUCGUUACAUUCAGAUUUCAGAGGAGAGGUAUAACACCCUGAUUAAUCGUUACAAAAAAUUUAUAGAAAAUAUCGACAAAGUCGACCAGGAACCAAUAAAUAUCUUUGACCCAUUACCUAAGCAGUUUCUAGACGAAUUGCAGGUGAUCAGAGAUGUCAGUAAGGAAUUGGCAAUAAAGAAGGAUGAAGAUCUGAAAAAGGCUGAUAAUCACAAAGAAGCCGAAGUAAAGGUUGCUGCUGCUGAAACUGCUGAAAAUGAAAUAAAAAUAAAUGGCACAGAUAAAACUCCAACGGAGGUCUAAAGUUUAAGUUAUUUAACCAUAUUUUCCAUGUUAACAUUAUUUAUAUAGUAAAUUGUGACGUAA